UUUGAUUUUUAAUUAAUUCGAAAUUUUUAAAUGACUUAUCAGUUCUAAAGCUAAAAAAAAAAAAACUAAUAGAAAACCUAUACAUUUUUAAAAGAAAAACCUCUAAACCUAUUAAAAAACAAAGUAAAAUCAACUGAAAUUUGAUAAAUAAAUGUUCCAUAUAUAAGUGAAGGGUUUUGGAGAGGCAAAAGUUUUACCUACUAUGAAGCCGUACGCCUUCAGCAAUCAACAAUGGAGAAGAAGAUGAAUUCUUCGGGAAGCAAUCCAUCAAUUCCCCAAGAAAUAAUCUUUGAAAUAUUCUCAUGGCUUCCUGUCAAGUCGUUAAUGCGUUUUAAGUGCGUUAUCAAAUUCUUUAAUUCUCUUGUUUCGGGAUCAGAUUUUACGGAUAGCUAUAGAUGUCGAUCUAUGACUCAUCAUGGUGGUGGAACAAAAUUAUUUUUCCAUGAAGAGAAAGGUUUCUAUAUGGCUGAGCAAAAGGAAGAUGGAAAAAUUUCUGUCACUCUUUUUCAAACUGAGAAGUUGGAUGGACUCCACUGCUAUUCAGGUUCUUGUUUGGAUUGCGUUAAUGGUUUAUUUUGCGUUUGGGAACCAAUAUGUGUGCGACGUGCUGCAAUUUUCAAUCCCACUACAAGAGAAGUAAGAUUUCUUCCCGACCUGAAUAAAGAAGUAUCUUGGUGUAACUAUUCAUUAGGUUUUGAAUCAGAAGAAAAGAAGUACAAAGUUCUUUUGUCAACAGAGCAUGUUCGAGAAGGGUGCAGAAAAAUAUGGGUCUUAACUUUAGGUGAAGACGAAUCAUGGAGAGAGAUUCAAAGCAUUUCCCCUGACAUUGUCUAUAUCAUGCCCAGUGUUUGCAUUAACGGAGUUAUCUAUCGGUUUGUCUAUUGGUCUUCUAAAGCUAACAUACGUUCUAUAGCUGCAUUUGAUAUCAAAUCUGAAAAAUUCAAUAUUAUUGCAUUGUGGAAUUCAUCUCACUACUGGGCAGGUGAUGACAAGCCAAAGCUGAUAGAGGUGAAGGGUAAUUUAGCAGUCACAUAUUCGGAAAAUUGGUUUAAUGGAUACAUCCACUUACGGAUUUUAGAAAAGAUUAAGAAAGAAGAUCAAUGGAAGAGUCAUAUCAUUCGCCUUCCCUCAAUAUGGAACGGCAGACGACUAUAUAUACAUUUUUCUCUUAUUCGAAUCAUAUCAUUAUGCAAAUCCAGUGAUGGGGAUAUUCUCUUCAUUAUGAACUUGAAGUCAGGCCUUUUAUGUUUGUGUUAUGAUGUCACAACAGAGAAUUGGAGAGAAGUAGAAAUCAAGGGUCUUCCUCAGGAGAGCUUCAUCCGAGGCGGUUAUAAUUAUGUAGAAAAUCUUGUUGCCUUUGGGUAAUUGUGCAAUACUCUGUUUUCAAGUUUAAACUGGAAGGCAUUUUGAGUGUUUUUCAGAUCAUAGUCUCCUUUUCAAACUCUGUAACAGACUAUUGGUAAUCUAAACUUUUUGCCCUUUAUGCUAUUUUUGCCUUAAGUACCUUCGCACCCUAAAAUCUUGUUGAUAAACUUUCAGACACAGUUUUAUUUUAUCGUCUGAUAAAAUUUUGUUCCCACAAACUCAUCCAUGUAGUAAUGCUAUUACUAAGCAAGUAAGUAGUAAA